AUGCUGACCGCACGUUGUGUCACCAGGUUUUGGGAUUUGUUGUCACCGAGCGCCUAUAUUAAGGUCACUGAAAAUUACAAAGAAUCGGAUUUUAAGCUGAGCGACCUCGAUUACUUCUGCUCGUCUGAACAGGAGGCUACUGUGAUACUUUUUGGUCUCAAAUGUCUCGAACACCGGUUUGACAACAUGGUGUUUCGAAAUAGCGAGAGCAAUGCUGUUUGCCUCGCUGUAACUCAAAUACUGGUUCACCUAAUAAAAUGUGAGUGGCCUCAGAACUGGCCGCUAAUGAUAUCGGAACUUACCAGCAUAGGGAGGGUCGGGCUGCCGCAAUCUCUGAUCGUUUUUGAUAUUUUUCGUCGACUUUCUGAAGAUAUUUUAUUUUUUCCCGACGUUCCCGUCAAGCGUCGUCGCGAACUAUGCGCUGUGCUUUCGGACAACGUGCCACAAAUUGCGCACUUUGCACUUGAUUCCAUAUUUUCUGCCGUCAAAUUUCACACAUCUCUAGAGAUGGACUUCAGCGAAGAUACGAUUAGUGCUCUACGGUCAGCACUUGCGCUUCUAUCUGUGCUCUUUGAGUGGUCUAAUCUAAGGCCUCUAAUUGAAUGGAGGGCUCCUGAACACGUUCUCGUAACUUCGGAAGCAGUAGGAAGUAUUCAACUCCUGCUUUUACUUCUACGUCUCCCGAAGCUACGCAUUGAAGCAGCUGAUGUCUUAAGUGUCAUGCUCACCAAGAAGCAGACUGAUGCGAUAACGGAAAAGGGAAAAUCAGCCGGCAACACUCAUGCAUACACUUACUUCUUCGCAUUUACUGACCGAAUCGGCCAAGAUCCGAUAGAUAUAAUCCUUGAUAUUUCCAGGCUUGCAUUUAACACAGUAGAGUUCGAUGAAAAUGCCUGUACAUUUAUGCGUCGAUGGGCAGAGGUGAUUUCCGUAUUGGGCAUUCAGGUUGUCGAGAACUGGAGCUUUUUUGAGGUAGAGGGUACAGUCGCUCUCAAAGCCUUUGAUCUUCUUAUUCAGGCGAACGCUUUUGCUGCUGCCCAUCCUUCUCGAGUAAGCCAAACUAGUAGCGGUUUUGAGGUUCUCCCUCCUUUCAGCUGUUUGCUACUUCAGCAGGGGCUUUCUUUAAAGCAGUUUUAUGCUCCGAACGUUCCGCACUCUUAUCUUUACUCGCUACCCAUAUGCCAAACUUACUGA